UUAUGAAAAGUAAUUCUAGUAGAUUAUUAAAUGUAUCGGAUUGUUAUGAUCGAAAACCAUCAUCACAUCAACAGACUACAUUUACUACUAAUCAUUAUUUGGCUCCCAUAAGACGCAGUUCUUCUUUAGAAUUUCCAAAAACAAAUUUAUCAUUUAUUGAAUCAGCACUUGAUAGUUUAAAAAAUUCAAGUACAUCUAUUUAUGCCUCCACAUUAAGCGCUGCUGGAUUAUUAAAUGGAAUUGGUCUUGAUGGUCUUAGAUCAAUUACUGUUGGUUCAAAUGAUUCAACAGAUAAUUUGUUUAGAAAAAAUAUUAGAAAAAAUAUUUUUUAA